AUGCCCAGAAACUCACUCAGGAACCGCCGGACAGCGCCGCCUCCCCAGAAACGCGCUCGCGGUCACCACACACAAGCUCCUGAGGAUGGUGCUGGGGGAAAAGCUAGCCAUGGCGCGGGGAAGGGACGCGCAUAUAGCGGGAAGUUAGCGGGUCUCAUGGAUAUGCCAUUGGACAUCUUCUUCGAGGUUUCGACGCAUCUGCAUCCUCUGGGCCUCCUGCACCUCUCUAGGGUGUCUAAGCAAUUACGCUCAGUCAUGCUCUCUCCCAAGAGCAAAUUUGCGUGGGUUGCCAGUCUAGCCAAUGUCGAAGGCCUCCCGCCCUGCCCGAAGGACAUGAGCGAGCCCGCUUACUCAGCGCUUCUGUUUGGCCGUGUAUGCAACCUCUGCAGCGCUUCUCGUUCCUGCUGGGUAGACUACGCUAUCCGUAUUAGGCUUUGCAAAGUCUGCUAUAAGAUAAACGUCUUGAGCGGUCUGGAUAUCUUCCAAAGGCAUAUCAACCCUGUUAUGCACAAGCUUCUCAUGGCUAUGACACCUUGUGAGACGGGCCACGAUAUAACCAUUGCAGCGAUGCUAGAACAGCCGUUCUCCCACAAACUUCAAAACAAGUACUAUCUCCCUCAGCUGCAAGAGAUGCACACGCUAGCGCAGGAACAUAAAAAUCAAAUGGACGGAAAACCUGUCACUGAGGACGAUUUAACUUUUCUUACGUCUAGCAGCGUUAAGUUACACAAACACGCGACCGCUUUGCUAAAAUGGGAAAGCGAUGUUGCCCUACGGAAGCAGGGAGACGAAAAUACGCUUACGGCCAAUCGUAAAGCAAGCAUUAUCGAGAAGCUCAAUAGUAUAGGAUAUGCGGAGGAUGACUUUCCUCGCACCAACGUUAAGGACUGGACGAAAAUUAUGCAUCAGCCAAAGGGGCUCACCGACCGUAUAUGGAAAAAUAUCAAGCCUAAGCUGGAGGCGCUUCUUCUGGAAGAGAAAGAAAGCAGGAUCCGCGAAGCGUUGGAAGCCAGGGCAGAGGAGCGUUUGGACCAGAUCUCCGGGUACUACGACGACUUCGUCGAGGGGCUGCCAGAAGCCAACCGUACUCUCCUCCCCAACCUCUACGACGCGCGCUAUCUUCCCUGCAUUCAGGCUUUGUCCCUGGAGCAUGACGGCCAGGGUGUCGUCGCUCGAGAAGAGUUCCUAGCGUUAACAGCGCAAAUCCUACAGGAAGUCGAGGCAUACAAGACCAAGGCCAAGGCAACUGCCGCCACAGCGAUGGCGGAGUGUUUCUCGCGCUGGGGGCCGCAGACCCGGGUAGAAGAGUUGCAUCAUCUCAAUCCCGACCAGGCGAUGACCCGGCACUACGCAGUCUUCGAGUGCGCUAUGAAGGGGCAUCCACCGGACGUGGAGGCUCGCUACCUGUCGUUCGAAGCCAUGCACAACCACUGGCGCGUGUAUCAUCCUACGGUGAAAUGGGGUUUCCGGAUCGCGGAGGGCUCAGGGGCGUGGGGAUAUAUUAGAUGCUCGGGGGAACCCAGCAUCGGCAAGGAAGGGAACCUGAUACUUGACGCAGCGGGGCUACCUCAUGACACACCCAUGAGCGUCCUUACCGAGCUGCUCCAGUCUGGAAGGCUCUAUUGUCUCUGCGAGGACCCUGCCCUCCCCUCUCCGGAGCAGCUGGACUGGCCCAUGUUCCUUGCCCACGUCGUGGAAGACCUUACGCGGAUCCAGAUGCGGUCAUUUGUACGCAAAACGUCGAAGACGCCGAACCCCGUACCCCAACCCGUCCUUCAGUCACUCCACGAGUCGCUCUACAAGCCCGGGUCAGCUACAUUCAUCACGCUGCUCCCAGAGGGCGCCGAUACCUCUCGCGCGUAUGCGCGCGCGUCCGUCGACGCGAAGACGCGCAAGAAGAUUAUGGAGCGGCUUGCGCUGUGCCCGGCGGGCGCAGGUUGGAUCCCGGCCUGCGGCGUUUGCAAGGCGAUGACCACGACCCACUACCUUCGGGGCGCCAGCGGCAAUGCACUAGAGCUCCCGAGCACCCCGGAAGGAAUCGUGCACCAUCUUCGUGGGUGGCAUGAGAAGCAGUUCGCGGAGAGGGACAUUCAGUUCCACAACGCGGGCGGUUUAUAG